GGGGCCCGGGCAACCUGGUGACACACUGCAGCCCACCAGGACGCCGGCCUUGUCCAGGCCCUUCACGGCCCUGCCUGAAUGGGAAGCAGGCGGGAAGGGGGAGCCAAGCGGCCCCCAGGUUAGCCCAGCCGCAAAGAUCACGUGCCAGCAAAGGGCUGUCAAUCAAGUUUCCAGGGGCGUGGCAAGGAAAGUCUGGUUCGGAGCAGAGCCCAGCACCUGUCCGUCAGGCCGCGGAGGGCGGGUCCCAGGAGAGCCACCCAAUCACAAUGCAGUCUAGCCCGAGGCCAACCAGGGUCGGGAGGCGGGGCGUCGCGGCUGCCGCUAUCAAUCUCUCCACAAACCGCUGCACCGGCCCGGGCCACGCGGAGGCUGGGCUUGUUACCUUCUGUGUAUCUUACUGGCACUGCGUCUCUGUGGCUGGCGGCUGCCUGACUUCUUGCCCCAGAGUGGCAUUGGCGCUGCUUCAGAUCCCUGCAGUCGAGGUGAAGACAGCGGUCGAGCCCAUAGCAGCAUCGCAUGGAGAACAAACGAAUCCAACGGAUCGACGGCGACAUCAUCAAAUACGCAGGCCGCCAAACCCAUGACUCUGCAGCCGGGCAGCAAGGCCAGGACAGGCAUCUGAGUCCUUUGGUGGACGGACGCUGUGCAGAUGGAGGUGCCUCCAGGCAGGCCGAGGCUCCUGAUGGCAGUCCUUUGGUGGACGGACGCUGUGCAGAUGGAGGUGCCUCCAGGCAGGCCGAGGCUCCUGAUGGCAGUCCUUUGGUGGACGGACGCUGUGCAGAUGGAGGUGCCUCCAGGCAGGCCGAGGCUCCUGAUGGCAGUCCUUUGGUGGACGGACGCUGUGCAGAUGGAGGUGCCUCCAGGCAGGCCGAGGCUCCUGAUGGCAGUCCUUUGGUGGACGGACGCUGUGCAGAUGGAGGUGCCUCCAGGCAGGCCGAGGCUCCUGAUGGCAGUCCUUUGGUGGACGGACCCUGUGCAGAUGGAGGUGCCUCCAGGCAGGCCAAGGCUCCUGAUGGCAGUCCUUUGGUGGACGGACGCUGUGCAGAUGGAGGUGCCUCCAGGCAGGCCGAGGCUCCUGAUGGCAGUCCUUUGGUGGACGGACGCUGUGCAGAUGGAGGUGCCUCCAGGCAGGCCGAGGCUCCUGAUGGCAGUCCUUUGGUGGACGGACCCUGUGCAGAUGGAGGUGCCUCCAGGCAGGCCGAGGCUCCUGAUGGCAGCAGUCCUUUGGUGGACGGACCCUGUGCAGAUGGAGGUGCCUCCAGGCAGGCCAAGGCUCCUGAUGGCAGCAGUCCUUUGGUGGACGGACCCUGUGCAGAUGGGGGUGCCUCCAGGCAGGCCGAGGCCUCUGAUGGCAGUCCUUUGGUGGACGGACCCUGUGCAGAUGGGGGUGCCUCCAGGCAGGCCGAGGCCUCUGAUGGCAGUCCUUUGGUGGACGGACCCUGUGCAGAUGGGGGUGCCUCCAGGCAGGCCGAGGCUCCUGAUGGCAGUCCUUUGGUGGACGGACCCUGUGGAGAUGGAGGUGCCUCCAGGCAGGCCGAGGCUCCUGAUGGCAGUCCUUUGGUGGACGGACCCUGUGGAGAUGGAGGUGCCUCCAGGCAGGCCAAGGCUCCUGAUGGCAGUCCUUUGGUGGACGGACCCUGUGCAGAUGAAGGUGCCUCCAGCCAGGCCGAGGCUCCUGAUGGCAGCAGUCCUUUGGUGGACGUACCCUGUGCAGAUGGAGGUGCCUCCAGCCAGGCCGAGGCUCCUGAUGGCAGCAGUCCUUUGGUGGACGGACCCUGUGCAGAUGGAGGUGCCUCCAGCCAGGCCGAGGCUCCUGCUGUGUCCUGUAGUGUCCCAGAUGCAGGAGGACCCAGUGAAGGCACAAGGUCCAAGAAAGCCUCCAAGAACCAGAAAAUGCCUUUCACCAGACACGCGUCACCUCCCUGUGAGGGCUGUGGGAGUUGUCCUUUGUGCCAGCCCCCGCGGAUGGAGACUGAAGUCCAGGAGAGCGCCUACAAGCGUCGGGACUCCAGGAAAAAGUCUGAGAAAAACAUCCAGACUCCUAGCAGGACAAAGAUUCUGGAAUGUAUACAAUGUAGGACUGUGUUCUCCUGUCCCUACUCCCUUAAGAGACAUAUGAGAAGUCACAAAGGCGAGAAGAGUCAUGCCUGUGACACGUGUGGGAAGGCCUUCAGCUUCCACUCCUACCUCAAACGGCACAUGAGGACGCACACCGGAGAGCGGCCCUUCGGGUGUGAAGAGUGUGGGAAAGCCUUCAGAUCCCCCUCCCACUUCCGGGAUCACAUGAGGCUGCACAACGGAGAGGGUCCCCGCGAGUGUGUAAAGUGCGGGAAAUCCUUCACCUGUCGGUCAUCCUUCCGAGACCACAUGAGGACGCACACCGGGGAGAGGCCGCACGUGUGCCAGCACUGUGGCAAAGCCUUCUCCUGCUACUCCUCCCUCAGGGAACAUGGGAGGUCACACAGCGAGGAGAAGCCGUAUGAGUGCAGGGAGUGUGGCAGAACCUUCCGGUAUCCCGCGUCCUUGAGGGCGCACUCGAGGAAACACGCUGGGCUCGAGUCCCUCCUGUGUGAGCAGUGUGGGAAGACCUUCAGCUGCCACGCCUACUUCCAGACGCACCUGAAGAUGCACAGUGGGGCCAGACCAUACACGUGCGCGCAGUGCGGGCGGGCCUUCGGCUUCUUCGCAUCCCUCCGCAUCCACGUGGGAACACACACCGGGGAGAGACCUUAUGAAUGCCCGCAGUGUGGGAAAGCCUUGGCUUCCCGGUCUUCCCUUCGUGAGCACGUCAGGACACACAGCAGCGAGAAGCCAUAUGCAUGUGAGCUGUGUGACAAAGUCUUCAGUCACUCUCAGUAUUUCCACAAGCACAUGAAAUCCCACAGGGACGGGAGGCCCUACCUGUGCAGCAGGUGUGGGAAAGCAUACCGCUCUUCCUCGUCCCUCCGCGCACACGUGAGGACACACACCGGGGAGAGGCCCUAUGAGUGCAAGCAGUGUGGGAAAGCCUUCAUGUCUCUCCCUGCCCUUAUAGGACACACAAAAAUUCAUGCUCGAAAGAACAUUUAAGAGGCCACCGCUGGAGUGUGGCCCUGUGAUGGGGUGUCAGACAAGCAUAGCCCAGGGUCUUGGGCUCAGCCCACACAGAUAGAUCACCAUGGGUGUGAAAAGUGUCCUCUGGUGAGUGGAGAAAAGCACACUGGGAAGAAACAUCACUUGGAGGCCCCAGAAAACCCUGGCUGUGUCACCUCAUUGUUCUCUUUCUUCUUUUUUUUCUCUAGGCAGGGUUUCUCUGUGUAGUUUUGGUGCCUGUCCUGGAUCUCGCUCUGUAGACCAGGCUGGCCUCGAACUCACAGAGAUCCUCCUGCCUCUGCCUCCCGAGUGCUGGGAUUAAAGGCGUGCGCCACCGCUGCCCGACCCUCGUCUUUUUUUGUGAGACCUCAGAGGAGGCAGACAUCCCUCACAAGCUCCCUGAGGGAGGAUCCCACUAUGUUGCCCGAGAGAGACUCAAGCUUUAGACGAGCCCUCCCCCAACCUCUGUCUCCCACAAAUGUGCACAAAACACACCUGGCCUUCUUUAUUUCUAAAGAAAGGCUUGUUUUCUUUUUAGUUUGUGUGUGUGUGUGUGUGUGUGUGUGUGUGUGUGUGUGCAAGUGGGUACAUUGUCUUUGGAGGCUAGAGGGGUCAGAUCCUGUGGAUCUGGUGAGUGUGAACACUCAGUGUGACUGCUGGGAAUGACGUAGGUCCUCUACAAGAGCAGUGCACAUCCUUUACCUCUGGGCCAUCUCUCUAGCUCCUCUUUUUUAUUAUUAAUAUGGCAUAACCUUGGUUUUCUUUUCUUCAUUUAGGGGGUGCUGGGGAUCAAACCCAGGGCCUGCCACGUAUGCUAGACGAGUAUUCUGCUAGCAGUUCCAGCCCGAACCCAGCCCCUUUUCCUUUUCUAAGUGCCUCAGUCAUAGUAGAGAGUCAUAGGGCUGUAGUGUCUUGUUAUGUUUCUGAGAAAAAGAUUUAAUAAACAUCCUGUUUUGUCCCAUGUCAGUAUUUACUUUGGGUUUUGUUCUGUAAGUAGAAGUGUGCCUGUAUUGCUGAAGGUAAACUUUUUUGUUUUUUGUUUUUGAGACAGGGUUUCUCAGUAUCUCUGACUGUCCUGCAUCUCACUCUGUAGCCCAGGCUGGACUCGAACUCACAGAGAUCCACCUGCCUCUGCCUCCCGAGUGCUGGGAUUAAAGGCGUGCGCCACCACCGCCUGGGCAGUAACCACAAAUUACCAAGGGUCCUGCUGUGGCUCCCUCCCUGAAGUCACCAUGCUCAUAAAAACAGAGGAACUUCAUAAACAUCUGCAGUGGCUCUGGCUGGGGAAUCCCAGUCCCAGGACCUGACUAGAUGGCUCCCUUGAUGCUAACAUCUGAUUGACAGUCUGGUCCUGUCUUCAGGGCUGCUGAUUGCAUCAUUCUCCAGCUGGAGCCUCACAUUGACACCAGGGCCCACCCAGUUCCCUUGAUUGACAGCUCAUGUGUAGGUGCAUGCACAUUAACGUACGUGCGUGCGUGCGUGCGUGCGUGUGUGUGUGUGUGCACAUGAAGACUAGAGAUCAACAUGGGUGGUUCGUUCUUUUGUUCUCCACUUUUUGUGUGUCUACACAUGCUCACACACAUGUGCAUUGUGAAGGUGCACUUGUGCAUGCAUGGAGGGCAGAAAAGGGCAUUGGUGUCCCGAUCGCUCACACUCAGCCUUAUUCCUUUGACGCAUGGUCUUUCUCUGCACUGCAAACUAAGCCGGCAGCCCCAGCAAUCCUCCAGUCUCCCACAGCACUGGGGUCACAGGGCCACAUGGGCAUGCUUGGUGCCGGGGAUUCAAAGUCGGGUCCUCACACCUGUGUGGUAAACCCUCUUACCCACUGAAACAUCUCGCCAGCCCCUCUUCACUUUUUCCCCUUAUUUUUUAUUUAUUUUUUUUUUGAGCUGAGGAUCAAACCCAGGGCCUUGCACUUGCUAAGCAAGCACUCUAACACUGAGCUAAAUCCCCAACCCUCACUUUUUGCUCUUUCCCUGAAUCUGAAUCUCUUGGUUUCACCUGGCUGACUGUCCACUGAGCCCCGGAAAUUCUCCUGUCUCCACCCAUUCGGCACUGGGGUUACAGAUGUAGACGGCCACACCUGCUUUUAUGUGUUUGUAGGAAUCAGAACUCAGGUUUUCAUGCUUGCACGAGGGCUUUGUGCCCUGAGACAUCUGCACAGCCCUGACUAUUACAGUCUUAUUUUAUUUUGCAAAUUCUCGUGUGUCUCAAGUUGGUCUCAACCUCUGUGGUAGCGAAGGCUGCUCUAGACGACCUGAGACCCUGUCUGAAAAAAGAUGGCGGUAUCCAUGUGUGUGUGCAGGAGAGGGGGCUCAGCAGUUACGAGUAUUUGUUGCUUUUGCGGAGAACUGGGUUAAGAUCCCAGCACCACAUGGUGGCUUGCAAACGUAACUCCAGUCCAGGGGAGUCUGAUGUCUUCUUCUGGCCUGUUGGUACUGCAUUCACAUGGUGUAUAGACAUACAUUUUAAAAUAUGGUUUUAGGGUUUCUAUUGCUGUGAAGAGACACCAUGACAACGGCAACCCCCCCCCCCCUUUUUUUUUUUUGGUUUUUCGAGACAGGAUUUCUCUGUGUAGCUUUGCGCCUGUCCUGGAUCUCGCUCUGUAGACUAGGCUGGCCUUGAACUCACAGAGAUCCACCUGGCUCUGCCUCCCAGGUGCUGGGAUUAAAGGCGUGUGCCACCACUGCCUGGCCACAGCAACUCUUAUAAAAGACAACAUUUAAUUGAGGUGGUGGCUUACAGUUUUAGAGGUUCAGUCCAUUAUCAUCAAUGGUGGGACAUGGCAGUGUGCAGGCAGACAUGGUGCUGGAGAGGUCCUGAGAGUUCUAUAUCUUGCAGGCAACUGGAAGUAGUCUGAGACACUGGGUGGUAUCUUGAGCAUGUAUGAGAUCUCAAAGCCCAUCCCCACAGCAACACACUGCCUCCAACAAGACCACACGUACUCCAACAAGGUCAUACCUCCUAAUAGUGCCUGAAACCUUCUGGGGGCCAUUUUCUUUCAAACCACCACAAACACCCAUGCACAUAAAAGUAAUAAUUUUUUCAAGUUCACAAUUCACAUCUUAAACUCCAGGUAAUCUCUUACCUGUGAGUACAAUUAAAAAAAUUAAGCUACACAUUUGCAACAGACAUUGGCACAGAAGAAAUAUUCCUAUUCCAGGAGGGAGGAAUGGGGUCACAUCUAAGAAUAAUAAGACCGAAGAAAACGGGAACACUGUAGGACAGCCCCUACCCCAUAACUCCAUGUCUGCCACCUGGAACUCGGACAGGAUCAUUUGGGCUCCAAAAGGGUCAAGUGGUCUAUGGUGUAUUGAAUGAGAACAGCUUCCAUAGGUUCAUGUUUGAACGCUUAGUCAGUUAGUGGAACUGUUUGGGAAGUAUUGGGAGUGUGGCCUUUCCAGAGGGGGUGUGGCUUUGCUGGAGUGGGUGUGUCACUGGGGUGGGCUUUGGGGUUUCAGAAGCCCCCACAGCAGGCCCAGUAUCUCUCUCUGCAUGCUGCCUGUGGAUCAGGGUGUGAAGUUCUCAGCUACUUACUACUGCUCCAGCACCAUGCUUGUCUAUUCCCCGCCGUGAUGAUCUCAGACUAACCCUCUGAAAAUGUUUGUUUGUUUUUUAAUUUUGGUUUUUUGGGACAGGGGUUUCUCUGUGGAAUAGCCCUAGCUGUUCUGGAACUCAAUUUGUAGACCAGGAUGGCCUCAAACUCACAGAUCUUCCUGUCUCUGCCUCCCCAGUGCUGGGAUGAAAGGCGUGCACCACCACACCCAGCCCAACCCUCUGAACUGUAGACCAGCCCUGAUUAAAUGCUUCCUUUUGUAAGAGUUGGUGUGGUCAUGGUGUCUCCUCACAGCAUAGAACACUGACUAAGAUAUGGUCCCACCCCUCCAGCUUUGUUGCCCACAAUGCACUUGGCCUGGUCUGUGGACCAGCUCUAUUUUGUGUCUAUUGAUAUAUUUCACCUUCAAAGCUUCACACAGUGAACUCUCAGGGCCUCCUUCAGGGCUGCAGACCUUGCCACAAAUGGCCUGGCCUUGGCCACUCCCUGAAGCCACGGAGACCCCUUGGGGCCUUCAUUCAAUCUUGCAUCCUCGUGUGCCUGUUAACCAGCAGCAUGUGGACAGUGCGGGAAGAGCAGGACGUAGCCUGCCCUGUUCCCCUACAGCAGAUGCAGUGACCCCUGUGUGCCUUGGUUGCUGAAUCUGGAACCGGCAUUCCUUGACAGUUGGUUUUGCAGGAACCCUUCUAAGAGCAUCCUCAGUUCAGUUCCUCUCCUCUCAAGAGAAUUCACAUUUUUACAAGUUAGGUGUAAUGGGUCAUUCUCUGUCCCACCAGCCAGCCCCCAAAUAACCUACAGAUACUUAUAUUAAUGAAAUAUGAAAGCUCGGCCUAUAAGCUUAGCCUUCUUCCUAACUAGUUUUUUGUUUUGUUUUGUUUUGUUUCUGUUUUUUGAGACAGGGUGUCUCUGUGUAGCUUUGCACCUUUCCUGGAUCUCACUCUGUAGACCAGACUGGCCUGGAACUCACAGAGAUUUGCCUGCCUCCGCCUCCCGAGUGCUGGGAUUAAAGACAUGCGCCACCACUGCCCGGCCCUAACUAGUUCUUAUAACUUAAAUUAACCCAUUCCUAUUAAUCUGCAGUCUGUCAAGUGACUGUUACCUCAUCUCUCCAUGCUGCUCAUGCUACUCUCCUCUGCUUCUGGCUGGCGAUCUCACCUUCUUCCCAGAGUCCUCUCUGCCCUGAAGUCCUGCCUAUUGGCUGUCCAACUUUUUGUUAUACCAAUCAUGAUGCAGGAAUCUGAAGUAAGAAUUCAGCUGACAAUGGCAAAGCCAUUACCUGGAAGAAUCAAGGAAUUCUCCCAGAGGAGGCCAAGUCUCAAGGAGUAUUUGGCUUUUAAUAUAUCAGCUGUUUUCUGCUAUGAAUUCCAUGUGUGCUCUCAUGUCAAGAACUUCUAAACAGUGUAGAUUGAUCAUUCCCUGGGCAUAUACAACUAAGGUAUUUGGAUAUAGUCACACAGGCAAAGCUUCCUGCUUCCAGGCUUUCUGCUCCUUUUUAGCAUUAGAAUUCAGAAGUCUGCCUUCUGCAAUAUUCUCCUUUAGCAAGCACACAAAGCCAGGGCCAGCUCCUUUAGCCCAAAUCCAAGGACAAAUGACAGACAGUAUAGCAUUCCAGACCACCUGCUAGGUAAAUGCCCACAUGGAGACACCGCCUAGGUCAGGGGGACCCUAGGUGCAUAGCUUUGUUUCUUGUGCAAAUUAAGUUCAGACCCUCUUUCUUACACAGCCUUAGCGGCACCCCCAGAUUUCCCCUCAGACAAUGAACUCAGGAAAAUGGUUUUUCGAGACCAGGUGGAGUGAAGCGAUGAGGCAGAUUUCCUAGCUGCAGGCCGACUUACCCGGCCGAGCAGAAAGUGGCAGGGUAGGUGUAGGGGCACAGGUCAUGGGAAGAGGAGAGGAAGAGAUAGAGGCAGGAAGGAGGGAGAAGAUGAGAAUGGGACAGAAAGAACUUAGAACCGUGAGAGGACAGAAGGGACAGAGAGGAGCUAAGUAUGAGAACAGAAUUGAUGCUGUGGAGACGGAGUUUUGUAUGAGAAGAAUAAAGUGAAUGGACUAAAGAGCUGGGUGUGCUUGGAUUCUUUUCCCUCAGACUCUUCUGGAAACCCUGGGAAGAAGACUUAGAGGCUGGGUCCCAACAGUCUUUGAUACAGUCACAGCAGUCCACCUUCACACAGUGCACAAACAUCCCACAGCCGUUGGGGCCCUUGAUGAGUGGGAUGUCGCCUGCAGCUGCCUUUCCCAGCGUUCCAAUGAAGAGGGUGCAAGGGGCAUUUCCUUUAAGCUCCAGUGAGUGAACCAUGGUGCCGAGGCUGCCUGCCCGGCUCCACAGGAACAGGCAUGGUGGUGCACACCCAGCAUCCCAGCCCUGGAGAGAAGGACACCAGAGAAUCAGUAGUCCCAGGUCAUCCUUGUCUACAGUGAGUUUGGGGCCAGCCUAGGCUACAUGAGACCAUGUCUCAGGUUAUUGUUGGAUUCUUUUUCCAUCUCUCUCUACUUUAGGUCUUUAAGUUGGGGCCUUGCAAUGAAACCGGGUCCCCUGUCAACCCUUCCAAGGCUGGAAUUAAAGGUAGGCUGCCAUACCAUGUGCAACUUAUGUACAUUCUGGAUAUGUGAAGGCUAGUCCUUUGCUAGUGGGGUAAGGACUUUUAACUGCUGAGCCGUCUCCUCAGCUCAUGAAUAGCUCUCUUAUGUAUCUAUUAAUUUGUUUAGUUGGAUGGUGAGUUAGUUGACUGUGUUUGGUUGCUUUGGUUGGAUGGUGAGUUAGUUGACUGUGUUUGGUUGCUUUGGUUGGAUGGUGAGUUAGUUGACUGUGUUUGGUUGCUUUGGUUGGAUGGUGUGUUAGUUGGGGGUACAUGUGGCAUGCCUUGCAUGUGGAAAGCAGAGAACAACCUGAAGAGUUGGUGCUCUCUUUUCCAGGGAAUUAACUCAGGUCAUCAGGCUCGGCAGCAAGGCCCUUUAUGCACAGAGCCCUCUUGCUGGUCCAAAUGUGUAUUAUUUCUAGCGACACAUAAUUCAACGUAAUAACUGAACUCAGCUUUGAGAGUUGCAUAGUUGGGCUCCAUGUAACAGAAUCCUCCCAGACCUGACCUGUGGGAGGGAGGGGGUCACCGUGCUUGCUGCGCCAUCCAGGGACAAAGUCACACGUAGUGCCUGUGGUAGCAAAGAUAACAGAAUUUUCCCAAGGCCUGCCCUGAGGAAAUUCCUCCCAGAGUCCUGGGAAAGACCCUACAUCUGGUGUGGGGUUAUCUGAGGGAAAGAAAUCUACAUACACCAUGCUUUUUUGUCCAUUACUUUGUUCCUCUAUGACAAAAUUAUAUCUAUACAGCUUCAGCUCCGUCCUCACAUUCAGCUCCUCUCUGUGCCCACUUUUCCUGUCCUCAUUGUUUUAGUAAGCUCCUAUGCUUUUGACCUCAUCUUCGUCCUCUGUCCCUUCGUCCUCCAUCUCGCCUUCCUAGUGAAGAACCAAAGCACCCGCUGUUGGUUAAACGGCGUGCUGCUCGUGGCUGGCCGCCGCCCGCAGUGGCCAUGCCGGCAGAGGAGAGUGCUGACUGGAAUAAUCACAGGCUAUGGUUACCUUUUUAGAGCUUUGUUGGAGGGGGGGGGGAAGAGAGAGGGAGGGAGAGAGAGAGAGGACAGAUGGAAGGAGAGAGCGGAAAGAGAAGGGGGCGCACAGAGGGCCUACCCGCUUUUUAGGCUGGGACAAAGUCACAGGAUGGUGACGUAAUUAAGGACAGAACCCUUACAACCGCAUUUCAAGCAAGCCCCUCACCCCAGCUUGAAACAGGCCUGAGUUUCAAAAAUUCUCAGAGCUGCUGACAUGGGUCCCAGGACAAAGUCAGGAUGUUUGAAGAGCCGUCUGGUAGCAACUGAUUAAACAUAGGGUACCCCAAUGCCAGAGGUAAUCUAUAAAGUUUGACAAACAACCGGUUAAAACUACAAAGUAACAUAACACAGAAAUUCUGAAAAGCCCCUAAAACUUGAGCCAAUCAGAAUUGUACCCGUACUAGCACCCCUAAAUGAUGUAACCUUGUGGUUUUUGCCUUUAAAAGCUGAGCUUGCAGAGGGGCGGGCACCUCCUCUAGCCUCCGCUGUGUUGGGAUGCUUGACUGAGGUCCCUGUUGCACGGUUUGAACUGCUUUAAUAAACCUUGCUUUUCCAUUUCCGUGA